CGGUCAUAUUUAUUCAACAGAUUCAUCAGUAAUUCAAAUUUGUAUUCAAAAUUUCUAGAAUAUGCGGUUACUUGUGCUUUAUGGCAGUCAAACCGGCACUGCCCAGGAUGUGGCUGAGCAAAUCUGGCGGGAGUCACAACAACUCGGCUUCCAAGGCCCCGUACUGCCCUUCGAGGAGUAUGAAAUGACCAAGCUUAUCGAAGAGCGCCUCGUGGUCUUUGUGGUGGCUACCACCGGCGAUGGAGUGGAGCCGGACAACAUGAAGCAAGCCUGGCGAUUUCUACUGAAGCGGAGCUUACCCGCGCAAUCCUUGCAAGAAAUGCAGUUCGCAUGCCUUGGACUUGGGGACUCCAGCUACCCAAAGUUUAACUAUGCCGCUAAGAAACUGAGCAAGCGGCUCCAGAAUCUGGGUGCAACAUCAGUGUGUCCAGUAGGUCUGUGUGAUGAUCAACAUGAUUAUGGGCAUUUGGGUGUUUCUCUCGGCUGGACAAAGGAUCUAUGGACUACAUUAAAGGCCACCUCUGGAUUGGAUGAAAGUAAACUUAAAAACAGUAAUCAAAUUAUAAGAAAAUGGCUAGUAAAGGAACUACCAAAGGAUUCCGCUAUUAAAGUAUCGGAAACCCUAAUUUGGAGCCAAAAGCAAACUGCUCACACUUUCAAAAUCCAGGAUAACAUUAGGACCACAGCGGUGGACCACUUUCAGGAUGUGCGAUUCUUACAAUUGCAAUGCCAAACUGAAAAUCUCAAUUGGGAACCUGGCGAUGUGCUUGAUGUUCAGCCACAAAACAGUGAUGAAGCUAUUAAAAUAUUUUUCGAUCUAAUCCGUGAACACAAGCUGAACUUCGACGAGAGCACUGUAGUUGACGUAGCUAGUGCCCAUUUGGACAUGCCCCUCCCAAAAGCCUACUCCAUUCCUUUAAGCCUCCAGCAGGCUGCUAAAUACGUCUGGGAUUUGAGUGCGAAACCGCGUCAACGAUUUCUCGAGGUGCUAGGACAGAAUUGCAUAGAUGAAAUGGAAAAAGAUAAACUUUUGGAGUUCUGUUCCGCUGAGGGUAUCGAUGACCUAGUGGCCUACGUAAACAGACCACGACGAAAUCUACUAGAAGUUCUGGAGGACUUUCGGCAUGCCACCUCCAGUUUAACUCUGCAACAGCUCUUUGAGAUGAUGCCGCUGAUCCAACCCCGUAGUUUUUCUAUUGCCUCUGAUGUAUCCUCCUUAUGUUUGGAUUUACUAGUGGCUGUAGUCGAGUACAAAACCAUUAUGCAUACACCGCGGCUAGGAUUAUGCUCCAAUUGGUUGAAAAAUCGUAAAUUAGGAACAGAGCUACGCGGUGUGGUAAAAAAAGGAACCAUGGUCUGGCCAAACGAUUUGAGUAUACCACUUAUUAUGAUUGGACCUGGCACUGGCAUUGCACCUUUCCGUAGCAUUAUCCAAAAUCGAUUGCAUGCUCAAUCUAAAGGUUCCACUAUUGGCCCCCUAGUUGUUUUCUUUGGUUGCCGAAAUAAGACUGCUGAUUUCCAUUUUGAAAAAGACUUUUCCAUGUGGACCGAUAACAAGCAGGUGGAAGCACACUUAGCCUUCUCCAGGGAUCAAGAGAACAAGGUAUACGUCCAGCAUUUAAUCACCAAGAAUGGCGGUCAUCUGGCAAAGCUCAUAAGAGACCAAAAUGCAUUUAUCUACGUGGCUGGAAACUCAAACAAUAUGCCAAAGUCUGUUAGAGAAGCCUUUAUCGAAAUCCUUGAUGGUGAUGCUGAAUAUGUGGAUAUGAUGAUCAAACAACGACGAUAUCAGGAGGAAACCUGGGCAUAAAACCUUUCUUAUUUUUGUAUAGUUCCUAUUUGUACAGUUUUGGACGGAAAUUAUAUUGUAUUACACACUA